AUGGAACCACUGGAUCCUGCAACGAGGCAGGCCUUUAGAGCGGCGUUGGAAGAGGUCUUGAGGCCGCGAGACGAAGUCCUCGACUACCAGAAAGCCCACGAGGAGAUCCUGGCCCAGUCCUAUGGCGAGGACAUUCUCAAGCAUCCCUUGGCUCUCCUACCACCAGGUCUAGAAGUAGCUCGAACAGAAGGCACCACGCCGUCGAGGCUCGAGGAACUUAUCGAUGCAAAUAUCCGGCUGAACAAGGAACUCAGGCAGCUACAAGAGGCCUCAAGAUUGGCUCCAGACAUCUCGGCAGAAGACAAAAACGCACACAAGUCGGCGCAAAGCACGCCUGGCAACGUCCAGGACAGCCAAGUCAUCGACCUGCAACUCCAAGUCAACGCCCUGGAGGAGAAACGCACCCGCCUCAACAUCUUCCUCAAUGCCCUCGACAGACUGGAGAGACUCCCGGCCGCCGAGCCGGGCUUCAUGCAUCCAGCCGCCAUGUUCCAGGAUUGCAGUCCUCUGCCGGAUCUGCCCAAGGAGCUCAUGGAGGGCUUCACCCGAGACACUUCGGCGCCGCAGCACGAGAUCGAGACCAUGAUGCGAGGUCUGCACAAGGCUGUACUCCGCAACAAGCUCCUGGCGCAGCGGGAGAAGCGGAACCUCGAUGCAAUGCGCGCGGAGAGCAACAUCGACCCGGCCGGCUUGCCUGCAGAUGUGCAGCUCCAUGCUCUUGGUGCCGUCAAGGACCACCUCAUCGGGUGGAUCGAGUCGCAGCUCAUGCAGGCUGGCGAUGACGAGGACGAGGACGUGAACGGAAAUCUCGAAGAUGGCUCAGGGUCAGCUCCAGCCACCAGGACCAAGAACCACGGCGAUGACGUUGAUCUCGACACAAAACUGGCCAACAUCCAGAAUCAGUACAGCAAACACAUCAGCCUGCGGAAGGACAUCUCAACGCUUCUCGCCGAGGCCGACCACAUCAGCCACGACCUCGAGAGGUUCCGCGGCAUGCGUAUCGCCGACGACGCGCCCGCCACAGCUGACACGCCUGCCUCAAACUCGGCCGCGGGCUCAGCAUUGUCCACUCUGAAUCCCCCAGCCACACUCAUGCUCACACCAUACCUGGAGAAGCUCCAACAGACCUCCCGCGAGCAGAAGGCCAUGGUUCAGGAGAAGUCAUACAUCAAUAGCUCCUUCGCCAAGCAGCAGCAGCACAUGAGCCAGACGAUUCAGGACCUCGUCGAGGAGAGCCGCCUGCUCGCAACAUAUCCCAGUGCUGCCCCUCCAAGCAGCAGCGCCAGCCUCAACGGCAGCAGGAGGUCCAGCAAGAACAGGUCCCUCGGCGAAGCCACGCGCAGGUCUGCGGCGGGCACCAGGGCCAAUGUCGCAAGCCAGGUUGAGCCGUUCGUGUACUCUGCCGACUCGGCGAAGAUCGCAACGCUCGAGGUCGUCGUGGAGAACAUUGAGGUGGGCCAGAUGGCGGUCGACGAGGCGAGGGCGCAGUUGGAUGUGGUGCGCCGAUUUUUGAAUAAGAGUGAUCAGCAUGACGAGCCCGUUGGCGAUGAUAGUAGGUCGCCCCACAAGCAGGCUGCGACUGCUGCUGCUUCAGGGCAUAGGAGAAGGAACACAGAGGGCAAGAUCAUGGUCGAAGAUCACCACGAGAAGAGUAUAUGGUCCAAGCUUGACGGGAAUCUGGGGCUGAUCAAUGAUUGA